AUGCCACGUCUUGUACCGAGUGCCGCCGCCGAAAGCAAAAGUGCUCUCAAGGCCAACCUUGCACGAAUUGCUUGCGCAGGUUUCCCCAAACAACAUGUGAAUAUACAACCACCACCACGAGAAGGUAGAUCAUCUAGUCAGGGAGGGAUCCGGCCCACCGAUGUCAAGGUUGUUGUUGAGGGCCCAGCCUAUUCUCAUCUCGAUGUCAGCGAGUUACAGGAUGCCAUUCUACAGUUGGAACGGGAGACCCGCGAACAAAUUGAGAAGAACGGCCCCCAAAGCUUCUCUGUCAAGUUUCCGAGACGACAGAACUCGGCUCGUGCUCUGAAAAGUUCGGAUGCCAACGAAAACGACGACGAAAGCACCAUCCAUGCCAGAAGCAACAGUGGAGGUGGUGGCAAGGAGCAACCAUUCAAAAUCAUUGUCAAGGACGAGACGGGACUCUUGCAACCUCAGAAUAUGCGAACACUGCUCAAGACUAUCCUCCAAGUCCGCGUCAACUUUGCCACCAAGAUUGUCAAGGACGAAUACACAUUGGACUCGAGGGCACUGCUGCGCAUGGCUGAGCGCGCCACGAGGCCACCGCUACAAGUCAGCAGCUAUGAAGACCACCUCCAUAACUUGCCCAUGACCCUCAACAAGUUAAACAUUGAACUGGUUCGAAUUUAUUUGCAACUACUUUGUCGAUUCAAAGCAGUGGUAGACGGCGCCCCGGACCCAACGAAUCGCUUCAUGAAGCAUUGGGUUCCCCUCUCCAUUAAGUCUCCGCUUAAUCUUCAAAUCAUCCUCUACACAUCAGCUUGCUUCUUGAAUGAGACUGGCCAGGUACCGAAAAUGGUUGUGUGGGCACACAAAAGUGCUGUACACAAGCUCAUCAACGAGCAUAUUGCCAAAGUCGGCAAGAAUCUCAGCGACGAAGUCAUCAUGGGCACCGCGCAGAUGGUUCUUGACUCGUGGUAUUGGGGAACGACUGAGGAGAUGCAGGCUCACAUGCUCGGCCUGAAAUCGAUGAUUAAGAUUCGGGGAGGCUUUCAAACCCUAGGGAUGCAAGGGUUCCUUGCCAAGACAGUCAUCACUGAUGACAUCACCAUCGCUCUUGCUCACGAAAUCCCGACAUCCAUGUUCGAUAAGGAAGGUUUCGAGUUUAAGGAUGAAUUCAUGGUGCCUUAUCAGGUAUCCUUCAACUCACCGUUCAUGUCGGACUGGCCUCCGUUCUCCAGCCCAGCAUCCACACUCGACCUACACCCGAAUGCGAACCAGAUUCUUGAUGACAUGCGAAACCUUCUCAAGCUUGUCUUGGAGCUCCCUGAACAGCAAACUGCGGAGCAGCUUCAACAGGUGGCCGAACUGGCGGCAUGGACAUAUCAGCGCAUUUCGAUGCUUCCGGAGAAUGUACCGAAGAGGGGCGAUCAGCAGCAGCAGAAACAGGAAGACUUGCAAAUGCGUCAGCAGAGAACUCAGCAGAUACCACAACCGCAUAAUCAGCAGCCAGCAUUGACAGACGCCGAUCCAAAUGCCGACAGAGCAUCCACUGGCACGAGUGCACGAUGGGACGGGUCAUCGCCUGAGAAUACAUAUGCCAGCAGCGUUUUUGACGGUAGCACACCGAAGGAUGAGAACGCUGUGACACCAGAAACGUCGCCCGCCAGAAGCGGAAGUGACCAAUAUACAACUCCCCAGCGGCCGGACCUCAUGUACCGGGUCAUCCGCAACGUGGCACUUAUCUACUGCCGCGCCAUUUUGGCACGCGUGCCGACUAGCCACGUUUGCGACCCGAACGAAUUUCUACAGAUUUGGAUCAAUAUUUGGGAGGUACCGCUGGCGCAAUGGAAGACAGUUCUUGGCGUAUAUCACUGGAUUACGAUUGGACUGAUUCCCAGUGGACAUGACACACCACCCGCGCGAUUUUCCAAGAUGCUUAUGGUUGUAGCCCUCUUGUCAAUUGGGUUGGACAACUGGCAUAUUUGCAUGGAGAUUUCUCGUGCUGCCUUGAAACUGCAGCAGUGGCUGCGAGAAGGUCACCCUAGCGCACCUUCUGGUAUUAUGGGCGGUGAAGCCGGAGUGCUUAAAUUUGGCUUUCCGAUAAAAGAAGAUCUGCCGACAAUCGCCAAGUACGAUGGCAAUCAUUUCCUGGAAGGUAUCGAAGAAGACAUGGACGACGCCGACGAGCUUGUUUAA